GCAUACCUUGCCCCCACACUACGCUGAAAUAGGUGUUGCGCUCUGAGAAGGGAUUGCUUCGCAUAGCUGCUUUAGCACUUCGCUAGGCCACCAUGUGGCCCUUUCGAGGAGGAAACGCGAAUAAUGGUGCACAGGCUGCAGCCCCAGGACCAGAGCUGUUUCAAGACGUGCCGCAAGUACCGGGCACGUCACAAUAUGUGCCUCAGUCGCCACCUCCGACCCUAGCUUCCUCGACCGCGACGGCAGCGCCACCCGCGAUCCCUGAUGAGUACACGCUAGACGAGUCGAUAUGGAAGACCAUCUGGCGCGAUAUCGUCACCAUCGGGCGGAACCUGCGCUCAGUGCUCAUACCUGUGAACUGGAAGUUCCACGGGCAGGCGCAGGCGCUGCGCAACUGGGACCUCUGGGGGCCGCUGGUGUUCAUGCUGGUGCUGGCUAUUGUGCUAUCACUCGGGGAGGCCAACGCGUCGGCCGUGUUUGCGAUGGUGUUUGCGGAGGUGGCACUUGGCGCCAUCGUGCUGACCAUCAACGUCAUCCUGCUGGGUGGAGAGCUGGUGUUCUUCCAGGCGGUGUGCCUGCUGGGCUACUGCCUGUUCCCGCUGGUGGUGGCUGCUAUCAUCUGCGCCUCCAUCGCAAACAAGUGGAUCCGCUGCCUUGUGACGCUGGGCUGCUUGGCUUGGGCCUCGGUGGCCACCAUCCCCUUCAUCGGCAACGCCGUGCCCCGAGGGCGCAAGAUGCUGGCGGUGUACCCGGUGAUGCUCAUGUACGUGUCCCUGGCGUGGCUGGCCAUGGUGAAGACCUAACUCGCUGGCAGCGGCCGGGAGGAUGUGGAUCGGGAGGGGGACUGGGAGCCAGACGAGGAUGAGGAGCAGGGAGGCUUGCAAGCAAGGAAGCAGAGCGGGCAUGAGCCUCCGAACUGGUCGGAGCGGGGGACAAUGCGUGCGAGCGAGGAGGCUUGGCUGGCGAGGCGUGACGAGCCAGACGACACAAAUAUGUGCGGCGGGAAGCUCUUCUUUCCGGGGUAUUCGGCGAGCUAGCGAUGCUGCCGUACAUGACGGGCCUCGCGCCGUCACGGGCUUCUGCCUCUUAGUUAGAUAGACGCUUGGUGCUCAGGGGUUGUUACACGUGCUCGCGUCCGCGGCCGGCCCGAGGCUCAGCGUGUGCUGCUCCAUGCGCCACAUGAGAAGGCUGUUGACGGGCCGCUGCGGCGGCUUGGCAUGGCUGGUGGUAGUGGCAGCGGCGGCGGCGGCGGCCCCCUCCUCCACGUCGCUGCCGCUGUCGGCGUUGCCUGGCCCGCCGUACCUCCGGUGCCCUGCGCGGGGUGGGAUAGGAGAUGGAGAGGCGGGUGGACCCAUGGAUUUACGACCAAAGACAGGAGGUAGUGCGGUGUGGGUGAGCGCACGACCGCCGUUUGAGUGCGGUGAUGCGGAACUGAUGGGCCUCGGUUUUAGUGGGGAUGACUGUCUGGCAUAUCAAGCAAGCAUUGGCUGACUGGGUGGCCGUGGGCUGACUACUGUGACUAGUGUGCAGACAGAAGAAGCACAAACAGCCAACGCUUUGAGUGGGUGCGGUAGCUCUGACACGCAUGCCCGUCGGGAAGCA